AUGGAUGAAAAGGAUAAGUACGCAAAUCAUAUAAGGAGAAAAAUCAUAAAAUUUUUUAACCUGAAAAAUGAAGAGCUCGAUCCCAGUUACAUUAAAUCUAUCCUAAACUGUAAGUCGUACGACUUGUAUGGAUCCAUCUACCUCCUCAAUGAAUCGUUUUACGAAAAUGGAAGAAAUGAAAAGUGCACCCUCAGUACUGUAAAGAAGUUUACCCAAGAUUUGGUAGACGACAGGAAGAAGUUUAUAUCCUCUAGUGAGGACGACUCGGUUGGUAGGGCAACACAGGGGGGCGUCUCAUAUGGGCAUACUACCAACCAUGGCACUAUCGCAGGUGAUAGGCUACCAGGCAAUACCGUGGAAGGGAAAACCAUCAACAGCUACUUUGAGGAGGUUUUUAAGAGGGAAGAUGUGCAACCUAGUAGGAAAGGAACAAGCGGGGUGAUGCGGAGUGAGGAUAAACGUGGGAAGGUAAAAAAGGUCGGACAAAUGGGAGGAGACCAAAAGAAGGAUCAACCGAGGAGAAGCACCAACGAUGCUGCCACCUAUGGUGGAGGGCAGCCCCUCGAUGUGGCAGUAAGGCUCGCAAACGAGACAGGACCAAAAGAAGUACCGACAAAAGGGAACAAAGAGAAAAACAGCAAACGGGGGGAUCACUUCCCAAAUGGGGUAAACCCCCAAAAAGGAGAAGGAAAAGAAACACAACAGAACAGUGGAAAAAAAUUGGAAUUGGUUGAGAAUAAGUGUAAAGACCGUCCCAUCCAGUUAGAGGAUGACCAAGCAAAGUCCAAAAUGAAGUCUAAUGAGAAGGAAGAAAGUGACUACUUCGAAUUCUUCAACAUGAAGAAAAACUCCUACUCAUUAAAGACAGUUAUAAAUUUCAUCGAAAAUGAACAAGCCAAAGGGGAUGAGCAGGGCGAGUACGAAAAGGAGAAACAGAAAAAAGAAAAAAAAAAAAAAAAAAACACUCAUAUUUGUACAUGCAAUGGAAGAAGCCAUCAGGUAUAUGCCAACUGCUUAAUAUGUGGGAAGAUUUACUGCGCGAAAAUAAAAUAUAGACAAUGCCUCUUCUGUGGGAACGUCCUGUACGAUUCGUCUCUGAUUAAUAAGCUGUUUACCCCGACAGAGGAUGAUGAAAAUGCCCACAAGAAGAUCCUUACAACGAUGAAAACCUCCAACCCCUUUCUCUACAAAAACUACUUCGAUUCUAGUAAUGCCUUCCUCAAGAAAGCCUUCAACCUGAGGGACAAAAUGCUGAGAAAUUCAGCCAACGAGGAACACACAAAAAUAAUAGACGACAGUAUUGACUGGUUCGAGGAUGACAUCAAAAAGGAGUUUGACAACCCCGAUGUGCAUUUUUCCAAUUAUGACGAUGAAGUAAAAAAUGAAAUAAUAGAUAAGUACUACGAAAUUUUUGGGAAGAAACAUGGUGACAUAAAUAUCGACAUCGACCUGGUGAACAUGAAAAUAACGGAGAACAAAGACCACGCGAAGAUUAAAGAGUUCAAUGAUUACCUCAACGAACGAGAAAAUGACUACCGGAAUGAAAUGGCACUGAAGAAGGCAAAUGAUAUUAACGCCAGUAACGUCCACAAUUACUUAGCUAAUAAGGAAAGAAAAAAUUUGAAUUACAUAAAAGAUUUGCGCAAGUUAUUUUUUCGGGACCCCUCUCGGAAGGCAGACACUCCAGGGGGAGGUACCUCUACCGAUGCGGAUGUCGCGGGUAGCAUAGCGCCACCUACAGAACAGCAGAAAAACACAAUUGUACAAAUGAAGAAGGCAAGUAAGAAAUACAAAUGCCAUGUGCUCGGCGAAAGUGACGAGGAGUACGAACACGUGGCGUGA